AUGAAGAGAAGAGGGGAUCCAUACAAGAUACUUGGAGUGGAGCGGACGUCGACAGACACUGAGAUAAAAAGAGCAUACAGGAGGCUUCAAAGGAUCUACCACCCAGAUAGCAAGACGGGGGACAGGGAGGCAUAUGAGGAGGUAUGCAGGGCAUACGAGGAGAUACAGAAAAGCCCGCCUGUGGAGAUCAUACCUGUUGACGAUGUAGCAAAGAUGUACAAAGGUUCCAGGGAGGAGGUCAGCGACAUCAUUGCACUGUACAACAAAUACAAGGGGAGAGUAGCAAGGAUUAUAGAUAAUCUUCUUCUGUCUGAUGACAAGGACGAGAGCAGGCUAAGAGAGAUUAUUGAUGGGCUCAUCGAGUGUGGCACACUUAAGAGAUACAACGGAUACUAUAAGAGAGUUUGCCAAGAUGCGAAAAGAAAAAAGAGAAAGGCAAGAGAAGAAAAGAUGUCUAGAGAGAUUGCCGAAGAGAUGGGGAUAGACAUCGACGCGCCGCUGGAGGAGCUACUUGGGAGACGGGGGAGGAGAGAUGGAAACUUUCUUUCCAGACUCGAGGAAAAGUAUCUCAAGGGGCGUAGAGAGGAAGAAAGGUAG